AUGAAGGCUGUCCUUAUUGUUCUUGAAUCGUGCAACAAGGAGCAAGUAUUAAUGCUCCAUAUCAGGGAGUUACCUCCAGAGCAACUAGCGGGAGCCUUUGGAAAGACACUCUUUACAUGGAUCUACCCUAUCCUCGGGAAGGGCUAUACGAGAAUUUUAACGCCGCACGAUAUUCCUAAGCUUGACAGAAAAUUAAGCUCGAAACACCUACAGAAGGAUAUUCUUCGAGCCUGGGAUCAAAGGGCAAAGCCUGAAACCACACUCACAUUACCCGCAACAUUGUUCCUAUUUGUGAGAGGGGCAUUCAUAUCACCGAUUCUUGCCCGCAUAUUCCUGAUUGUCUUCCGAUAUUGUCAGCCUGUUUUAAUCAAUGCUGCCGUUCGGUUUGUUAGCAAUAAGGGUGAAAGCCAAGACGAUGCUAACUAUAGUUACUGGCUCAUUGUUAUGGCCAGUAUUAUCUAUUUCGGACUGGCCGCAAGUAUUGACAUCCCAAGUCCCUAUUCCUCGGAGCUAAUUAUUAUGAUUCGCAGCGCUCUCAUCGCACUUCUUCACCAUAGGGCUCUUAACGUUGAAAGCGGACGCUGUGACAAUGGAGGACCGAUAACCCUUAUGAGUGUGGACGUGGAGACUCUAAGCACCACUGGGGAGAUGUUCCAUGAAACAUGGGCUUACAUUUUAGAAGUGGUGCUUGGGACAACUCUGUUGGCUGGCCAGAUCGGCUGGCUGUGCUUGGUUCCACUUGUCGGUGUUGGCUGCUCGUCCGUGAUGAGUGCCUACGUAGCGCGUCACUUACAGAGGCGGCAGCGCAACUGGAACGCCGCCACACAGAAACGGAUGGCAGUCACAACGGCAAUGCUUCAAUCCAUUAAAAGUAUGAAGAUGCUUGGUAUCUCUUCCCCGGUGAAGACAUUGCUGUCUGGUCUUCGAAGCGAGGAAAUACAAGCGUCGAUACGAUUACGGUGGGUUAUGCUUGCAUAUAAUGCCAGUGCUAACGCUCUGGGAAUGUUCGCACCAGUGAUAACACUGGUAUUAUAUGUGCUUUUUGCAAGAUUCAAGACCGAUGGAGCCCUCCCUGCAGAAACGGCUUUCACAUCUAUAGCUCUGCUCGCUAUGGUUACUCAUCCUGCAAACAUGGUUAUGACCAUUGUACCUCGCGCAAUUGCAUCGCUGGCGAACUCCGAAAGAAUUAUGAAUUACUUGACACAGGGUACAAACGAAGACAGUCGAAUGGAUAUACAAAAGGCUCAGGUCGACUGCGACAAUACAGAAACUCAUGAGCAGGCAGCUAUUCUUCUAGCCGAUGUGACCAUCCAGUAUCCGCAUACCUCUAAGCCAACAUUGGAUCAUCUUAAUUUCAAAAUCAACAGGGGAUCAAUUGUAAUGUGCGCUGGUCCCGUUGGAUCAGGGAAGACAACUUUGGCUCGGGCGCUACUCGGGGAAAUACCACUCUGUAGUGGUGCAAUUUACACGUCAUCCAAGCGGAUAGGGAUAUGUGCCCAGGAGCCAUGGCUGCCAAAUGGUAGUAUCAAGGAGGUUAUAUGCGGUGGUCUUCAGACCGACGAAACCUGGUACAAGCAGGUUCUGGUUGCUUCUGACCUUGUAAAGGACCUAGGGGCUCUCCCCGAUGGAGAUGGAACCGAGAUUAAGUUUCCUGGUCUCAAUCUGUCCGGCGGCCAGAGACAACGUGUGGCGCUCGCCCGUGUUUUGUACGCUAGGUGUGAGAUCGUCAUUCUUGACGACACCUUCCGUGCCCUUGACGGCACAACAGAGAAGGUUAUCAUCGAUAAUCUGUUAUGUCCUGAGGGGAUCUUUCGAAGGCAGGGUACAACAGCUCUGGUGAUAACUAACUCGGCCCAAUAUCUCCCCCUCGCAGAUCAUAUUUUAAUACUAUCGGAUUCUAAAAUCCGGUUACAGGGCUCCUGGGAUGAGCUACAACUCAACGUCAAACAAAUAGACAAAUUUAUGCUGGAUGAGCCUGAUUGCCGAGAUGUUUCACAGGUAGCCGAAGGCCAAGGUGGUGCUAACGCGCAGAAAGAGUCUAGGGUUGAUGCAGCUCGAGACUUAACACGACAGAGUGGAGACUUAAGGCUCUAUGGGUAUUACCUCAGUGCGAUGGGUAUUUGGAAUGGUCUUUUCAUGUUACUGUGCACAGGAUCAUAUUCGUUCUUUAUAACAUUUUCUCAGUACUGGCUAAAGUGGUGGGCCGAAGCUGGGGAAGCAAAAAGUCUCUUCUACAUGGUAGGCUACAUGAUGUUGGCCUUGGUAGCCUGGAUUUCUACCAACGGUACUAUGUGGUCCACGACUAUGAGGAUCUCCCCAAAAUCAGGCGCCGUCUUACAUAGCCGACUGCUAAGCUCAAUAGUCGGGGCUCCAGUAUCAUACUUUUCUGACAAUAAUAUCGGCGUCAUCUUGAAUCGCUUUGGAGAGGACAUCCAACUUGUAGACCGUCAACUGCCAAAUGCCUUCCAGGUGUUGGGAACUCAGGUAUUUAAGCUGUUGGUGCAGGCGACAAUACUCUUUAUUGUCAACCCAAUGAUGGCCGUCACCCUGCCCUUCUGUAUCAUCAUUGUUUACUUCGUGCAGAGAGUCUACUUGCGGACUUCGAGGCAACUACGGUUUCUCGAGAUUGAGUCAAAGUCAGCUCUCUAUUCUAACUUUGUAGAAAUGGUCGAUGGCCUUGACACGAUACGUGCACUUCAAUGGCAGCAGAGGUAUACCAGCGACAUUGUGGAAACGAUCGAUGCCUCACAGAAACCAGCGUAUCUACUCUUUUGUCUUCAAAGAUGGCUAAACCUUGUUCUUGACCUCUUAAUUGCCCUAGUUGCGGUGGGUCUCGUAGCGCUAGCGGUGACAUCCCGGGGAGCAGAGAGAGCAACAGCCGUUGGUCUGUCGCUGAAUAUGAUCAUUCUUGCUAACACAACCCUGCUUCGGCUUGUAGAGUCAUGGACCUCGCUAGAGGUCUCCCUCGGAGCAAUUGCGCGGUUGCGCUCUGCUGUGACGGAAACCCCUCAGGAAGAAAAUACCAGCGACCAGAAGUGGUAUUCCCCUGUCGACUGGCCAAUCUCUGGGAGCAUCAUUGCUCGUGGCCUGGAGGCUUCGUAUAGUCCGCCAAAACUUGCUCUCGAGAACAUUCACCUAGAGAUUAAUGCUGGACAGAGGCUUUUCAUAUGCGGUAGGACUGGAAGCGGAAAGAGCACAUUACUAUUUUCCUUCCUUCGUCUACUAGACUCCCAGCAUGGGUCGAUAGUAAUCGACAAUAUUGACAUCUCCACCAUAUCCAAGACAUAUCUACGCCGCAACUGCUUUAUCACAGUGCCACAAGACCCGUUCAUCCUCGCGGCAGCUACUCUGCGUUUCAACCUCGACCCUGAUGAGUCUCUCUCAGAUAGUAUACUAAUUGAGGUCCUGGAAAAGACAAGACUUCUGGAGCAUUUCCGCCAGUUGUCCAAGUUUAGCGACCAGAGUCCCCCUGAAAGCGAGGCUCUACUGGACGUUCCAAUGUCCUCACUUCCACCUCUUUCCACAGGACAGCAGCAACUCCUUUCGUUAUCACGGGCACUUGCUCAUAAAAGGGCUUCCGUGGAUCCUGGGUACUGUGAUCUCCAGACCCGGCUUUCUGUAGCGGAACGCAGACCUAUUCUUCUCCUGGAUGAAGCUACGUCCGCCCUGGACCCAGAUACUGAAGCGGUAAUGCAGGAUGUUAUAGAGGAGGAAUUCACGCAGCAAGGGUAUACGGUGAUUAUUGUCGCUCAUAGAGUAAGUGGGAUGGUUAAGUAUUUCCGGGAUGGCGUCGACACCGUCAUUUGGAUGCGUGAAGGGAGGAUUGCGGAAGUGGUGUACACCCAAGUGGGCGCAGGACUUAUGCUGAAGGAUAGUGGACAAGGUGGAGGGUGCAACAUUUCCUAG